AUGGAAAAAGCGUUUGAGAUUCAGAAACAAGUCCGUGACAAUGCCAAGACUUUUCAGACUUACAUCACUGACUUACAAAAUUGGGAAGCUGAGAUGAAACGUAAAGAAGCCGCGCUUAACGGUGAUUUUGCGCAGGACCUACCUCCUGUAAGAAGUAAGGUGAAAAGAGAAAAGCCACUACAAUCCAAGAAGCCAGAAAAGAAGAUUGCGUCUUCAGACUACAGUGCGUGGGAAAAGUUCGACGUUGAGAAAGCAUGUGAAGAUAUAGAUAUGGCAGAAGUGGGACCUGUGUCCUUGGAUAGCAAGAAGAGCCAAAAAGAAAAACAGGAGAAACUUAGAGAGGAAGCACAAUAUGAAAAAGAACGAGUAUGUAUAACAAUUUUAAAUACUUCAAACACUACUCAUUACUGUAAAUAG